AGACACAAAUUCCCAGAAGCCCCCGGGAAGGAAGUGACGUGUCCCCAGCAGAGGAAGUGCUGAGAAGGUGUGGAGCUGGAAAGCACGAGUGGCCUGCUGUAGCGAGGGCUUUGCUGUACGCGGCAGACAUGUUCCUGCAGUAUUACCUGGAUGAGCAGGGAGAUCGGGUGUACACCAUGAAGAAAGUGGCCCCCAGUGAACAGCUGACCUCUUCAGCCCAUCCAGCCCGCUUUUCUCCUGAUGACAAGUAUUCCCGACAUCGCUUCUCCAUCAAGAAGAGAUUUGGCCUACUGCUCACCCAGCAGCCCCGGCCGCUUUUAUAAGGCCGUGCGGAGGAACGACAGCUGGACUUGGAAUCUCUCAGCUUCUUCUUACCCCGCCCACUCUUGUUGGACAUUUGUGACUUUAU